AUGCCCCACAACACCAUUUUGGGCUUGAUGGCGAUCAUGGUCGCGCGCGCCGCCAAGCUGAGCAUCCACAGUGCAUGUUCCUCAGCGCAUCUGCGAACAUUCAGCUUCGCGCCCUACUCUAAUAAAGACGUUGUCGCCUCUAACACCAACUCAGCAGAGCACCGCUUUGUGCGUGCAUAUGCUGAAAGCUGUAGGAAGGAUGCGUCCUUGCUCGUGGACGUGGGUGGCAACCGCGGCGAGUUCACGGCGUUACUCGCACAAUUCUGGCCCAACGCCUCGCUGCACGUCUUCGAAGUGAUGAGCAAGAACGUGCACCUGCUGCAGCGGCGCAUGCGUGGCAUGGACCAUGUUACAAUACACCACAUGGCCAUGGCGCAGCAGCCUGCGAGCGAGGUGGCCAUCAUGGGCCUGCACCAGUGGCUGAAAGAGACGGACCGCAACAACGGCAUGAGCAUGCUCGCGCGCACAUCGUUGCACACCGCUGUGCUGGAACGGGUGCCCGCCACAUCGCUCGACGCCUUCUUCGGCGCCUUGCCGUUCGGGGCGUCGCAGCGCCUCGCCUUCCUCAAAAUCGACGCGGAGGGAAUGGACGGUCCGAUUCUAGCUGGAGCACCGCAGCUGCUGUCGUCCGGGCGCGUCGACCUCAUCUUCUUCGAGAACAACCGCGUGCAGGUCGCAGCCAACUGGAGCCUACUCGACAGCGUGCUCCUGCUCCGCAAUCACGGCUACGAGGCUUACCUCUUCGGCGAGCAGCACCUGCUUCAGCUCGCCGACUUGUGUCCGCAGCACCCUAUCUUUAAUACGAAGGCGCCAACACUCAACAUAGUCGCUUGGCCUGCGCGAGCUGCCUUUGCCGAGACGUUGCUCGGCAAAUACAAGAUGAGCCUUCCGCCCGCUGCCUCGCCCUCGUCGAGGGCCAGCGGCGGGCGUGGCUCGUAUCAGGGCCGUGGUGGCAACUAUGGUGGUGGCGGAGGGCCUGGCGGCGCGCGCGGGCGGGGGCUUGCCUGA